CAUAAGUAACAAAAGAAAAAAAAAUGUCAAUUGCGUGCUAGGUGCAACUUCUAAAUACAAGAGGAAAACAUCUCGUCGUUAACUAGAACUUGGAUGCCCAGAGGAGAGUAACAUUGUCUGACAGUGCAAGAACUCAUCAUCUAAUUGACCAGCUCAUAACAUAACAACUUUGAUCCAUUUCAACAAAACGCCGUUCCGUAAAAUGCAACCUGCACAUGAUCUGUUUAUUAACGUUACGAUAUUUAUGGAUUAACUUGUUUGAAAAUAUCAGAGGAGAUAACUUAUUACUUUCCCUUCAUUCCAGUAUUUAAUGAAAACCCUUAGGACGUGUGCCUGUCGGCUUCUAAGAACGUUCUGACAAAAUAUCGAACUUGUCAUGCUUGUCCAAACCCGCUGUGGACAAGAAAGAGGCGUUGUUCUCUUUUGUCUUUUCCAUGAGGCUAUACAAAAGGAAUUUCCUUUCUGCGCAGAAGAAAACUGUGGUACACGUAAGUAAAUCUUUAUUUUGGGCAAUAUUUUUCCGAAUACUAUCAAGAGUAACUGUGACCGAAAUACUCCGGAGAAGAUUCGCUUUUAAAGUGGCCUUGAAAUUUUGAAGCUUGUACCAAUGUAUAAUUAAAGAACAUUGAACGUUUUAGAGCAAAACGUAUUCUGGUUAACAGAUAUAAACCGUAUUAAUUCAAAAUAAAUUUUGAAAUCUGUGUUGGUCAUCUCAAAAAGAUAAACUAUCAAGACUCGAAGAAGAACAAGAGAGCAAACUUUAAAGUAACGACGAUAUGUGACGCUAUUCACCAGACCUGCAAAAUGGAUCGAAACUACCAAUGAAUAAACGAUUUUAUUUGUCUUCCUGGAUAUCACUGAGAAGAAACUGCUUAAAAGAAAUUAACUUUGAUUGGUCGUUUCGUUCACGUAAAGAUUAGAGAAUUCUAAUUUUUUUUUAAUUCUGAAAAACAAGACGAAUCACAAAGGACGAUUACUGUUAGAGCUUUGGCAGAAAAAAAUGAAACUUCUGCUCAGAAAACGCAGACACUAUUGUUGGCGUUUACCAGUGAUGUUUUAGUUAUGAUUUUAAUUUUGGUACCCGUGUAGCUUUACUUGUGGCAAAAAGAUUUUUCCAGUUCCCACUCACGUUAAAAAGCUUAUUAUUCUCUUCAUAAUGGGCUCAUUUAAUAUGUCGCUCAUAUCGAAAUUACAAAUAAAGGCUAGAAAUGUUCUCCGCCCCCAAGCUCUCAAAUAUUAAUCCUACCUUACGGAUAACAAAAUUGCUUUGCAAAGAAAGAUUGAAAUGCUCUCUGUGCAAGAGUAGGCACCAUACAAAAUAAAAUUAAAAAAAUCGCAAAAUUGAUAGAAUGAUUUUAAUUUUGGAUCUUGACUGGGCGAAAGGUAAUUAUGAUUUUUUCUGCGACUGAAAGUGUUUUACGUAAAAUGUAAAAGGAAGCCAUUAGUGACACAAAACAAAACUUGAUAGUAAUUACCUUAAAGAAUUUGCAUGCAAAUUGCGAGCAGAUGGCCAAUUAGCGACCAUUCUCAUAUGUUGUGGGAUUAAUCUAAAAAUUAUCGUAUUUUUCUAUUCUUAAAACCACACAAAAAUCGUCUUUUAAAAGUCUUGCGCUGCCAUGUGUGUAUCUCGAUUUCUUGCUAUCUACAUCAUUUUAAUCCUCCUCUAAAAUCGAAGAGGAGGGCCAAUAUAGAUGAAAGAAAUGCAAGCUUGGUUAACCCCUUUAUUUCUAAGUCGCUUAUCGCAUUUGAUAAUUACGAUGAUUUCUUUUCCCUGCACAUGGAUACCUGUUUUAUUUGGCCCAUUUCAGCCAAUAGAAAGAGGUAUGUCAUUAGAGGUAAUUGCUUGGCCGAAUAACAGUGUUUUUGUUAUUUCGCCGCCAGAAAUCAUUAGCGUUGAACACGGCGGAUGGAAUACCAGGCGACAAUGAGUUUCAAAAUCAUUGCAGGUUGAGAGUGGUCAGUACUUACACUGUACGCUCGCUCGAGGACAUUUUUCACCGAGAAUAGUUUAAGACGAACCUUGAGGUUAUCUGACAGUUAUGGCCGCGGAAAACGUAGAGCUUACAAAGCAAUCCCAGACGAGACAUCUUUGCAGUGGAUGCAAAAUGCCGAUAAAUGAUCGCUAUUUACUGGAAGCCUUGGGAUUAUACUGGCAUGAAGGCUGUUUAAAAUGCAAUUGCUGCGAGUGUAAACUCGGAGAUAUAGGUUCAACGCUCUACAAUAAAGCCAACCUCAUCCUGUGCAAGAGAGACUACCUAAGGUUGUUUGGGAUCCCUGGUGUUUGCGCUGCGUGCAACAAGUCAAUAGCCGCGUUUGAAUUUGUAAUGAGGGCCGGGAAAAACGCUUACCAUAUCGAAUGCUUUUCGUGCCAGAUCUGCAGACAGAGGUUUAGAGUUGGAGAAAACUUUCAUUUUUACAACAAUAAAGUCCUUUGCUGGGAUCACUACAGACUCGAGAAGGAAGAAGACAAAACCAACGAAAAUUCGACGAUAUAAACAAUCACUGGAUGAAUCAGAUUAAAUUUUGAUAAACAUUUCAAUAUAAAAAUGAGCGAUAGAAAUUUUACACAACGUUUCGAUGUCGUCA